UCGCAUUGGCUGGGGCACUGGGAUUUGUUUGGCAUGCCUCAAACCCCAAAUGCAACAGCCCUUUGGUUUCUGUGUGAAAAAAGAGAAUCUUAAAUUCUUCUUCAGUUUCAUUUUUUUAAUUUAUUUUUUAUUUUUUAUUUUUAAAUUUUUCUGUUUCUUAUCCUUUUGCAGUAUAUAGUACUGAUGAAGAACGUGAGGGAGGGUCUUUCUCUAUCGAACAAAGGUUUGGUUGAAGCUGAGAUGUAGGAGGAGCUAUUUCCUAGCUUUUCCUCCCAGUGUUCCUUUUUUUUUUCUUCCCACUUCUUCUCCAAAUCAACGCAAAGUUGUGAUCUCCCUCGGGUCAUCAGACUCUUACAGGUAUUGAGUGAUGUGAGCUGUUUUUUUCCUUUUCCUGACUGAGAAGGGGGGUCUCGGGAAAUUGAGGAAGAAUUCAGAUUUUAUGGUAAAAGUUUCUCUUGGAAUAGGACCAUUUCCGAGAACUGUACAGGGGGUGGGUAGAGUUCAAUGGAGAAGCUUCUCAAUCCAUACGAUAGGGAGUACAUGAAGAUGGCUAUGUUAAAGCAUGAAGAAACAUUCAAAGAGCAGGUAUAUGAACUUCAUCGUCUGUACUACAUUCAGAAGAAACUAAUGAAAAACAUUGAAGUCAGUGGGUCUAAUGGACAGAGCCAAGAGAGGUUGAACUCGAAUGAUACUAGUAUGAAUCAGAUCAACCACCAAGAAAAGCCACGGAUGAAGCUUGACUUGGAACAGCCUGCAGAAGAGUACAAUGCGGAAUUGGAUGGCGAUGGAGUGCUAGAAAUUGUGGAUGAGAGCAAGUUAGAGCUGACACUGGGGCCAGUGAGUUACAGCCGGAGGAAGAAAGCUGAGACACCACUAACUUCAGAUUCUGGACCAAGCUUUUCUUCUUCUUCCACUGGAUCCAGCCAUAUGAAGAGGACAAAUUCAAGGACACCUAAGAGGAUAGAUACAACAAAAGAGGAAUCAAACGGCCAUGACUGGGGGCUCUUUAAUGUACCUGACAUGAAGCCGGGUUUCCAAAGUGGACGAAAAAACGGUUUUCAUGUGGAUGAACAACUAAGACAAGAGAGACUAAAUCAGCCUCCUAGGAUAUUCCAAGUUUUGAGUCUGAACAUGACUUGAAAAAUCUUCUUGAGUUGGUAUGAUAAGAUUUUAGACUUUUCCCCAUGGAUAAAUUCUAUGAUUGAUCGAUGUUUGUGUGGAAUUUUCUUACUGGUUUCUGUUGUAAUGGGUGAUGGAGUCUUGUGUAGAUAUUAUCAUUUCCAUGGCUUACCCAAUCCCAUUACAAAUUUACAAAGUGAUCUAAUAUUCCAUUAAUCUUUUCAA